UCGCGUUUGAGAGCUGCUCCUUUUUGGUUCCAGUUGGUUGCCGUCGCUGCAGUCUCUGCCCUCGCGCAUAAAUAGCGGCCGCGCACGCUCCUUAGGUCUUCUCCCACGUCCACCUGAGCAACCACUGCCCCAGACUGUACCGGAUCCUCUUUGUCAAGAAUCAUGGCUGAACUUAAGGAGCGCACCUUCAUUGCCAUCAAGCCUGAUGGUGUGCAGAGGGGGAUCAUUGGUGAGAUCAUCAAGAGGUUUGAGGUGAAAGGCUUCAAACUUGUGGGCAUGAAGAUGAUGCAAGCCUCUCAGGACCACCUGGAGAAGCACUAUGCCGACUUGAAGGGCAGACCCUUCUUUCCUACCCUCAUUGACUACAUGAGCUCUGGUCCAGUGGUUGCCAUGGUGUGGGAAGGCAAGGGUGUGGUGAAGACCGGCAGGGUGAUGCUGGGUGAGACCAACCCUGCAGAAUCUAAGCCCGGAACCAUCAGAGGAGACUUCUGCAUCGAUGUCAGCAAGAACAUCAUCCAUGGCAGUGACUCAGUGGAAAGUGCCAACAAGGAGAUUUCCCUGUGGUUUACAGAUGAUGAGCUGGUCAGCUACACAAGCUGUGCCUUUAGCUGGCUCUACUAAACUUCUCUGGGUCCUGCAGCAGUCCUCCCACUGGUUGAAAACCAGUGAACUCUUGCCUCAGAUUUCUUUUUGCCCGUAGCCUAGAGGGAGAAGAACUCACAUGAAGUUCUUCUCUGUCCCACAGUCGUCACACCCCUCCUGCCCUCUAUCAUCAUACUGUACUUGAAACUGGUCUCCAUGGAGGUCCAGGUAUAGUCCAGAUUAAUUUCCAAGCUCCAUUCCUUUUUUAGAAACAUUCCAUUCAUCCCUUGAAUGUACAGUUAAUGACUCAAAUGUCUUUGACCGUCAGUUUUGUUAACCAGCAAUCCGAUUUCCAAUAAAAUGCUCACAGUAC